AUGAAGAAAAAACAUGAUACCAUUGUUUGUGAACCUAAAGAACUUCUGAAUCCCUCUCCCAAAGUAACAAAUUGUUGCAAAUCCCUGUGGGUGAAAUACAGUUUUCAGAGGGAGUACAUGACCCGACUUGUCAGCUCCCAGCCAGUUUCAGCCAUGUCAAGGAACCCAGAUCACGAUCUGCCUUCUCAGCCCAAGGAGAGUAGCACUGGCCAGAACCAUCACCAGGAGGAAAUAAUCCACAAGUUGGCCAUGCAGUUGAGAAACAUCGGGGACAGCAUCGAUUGUAGGAUGGUUCGAGAGGAUUUUCAACAGGAAGUCAGGGAGGCACUGGCUCAUUUUGUCUUGCUUUUCUUUGGAGGAGUUCAUGUGUUGCUGCGCUUUCUCUGGAAUAACCGCUUGAUAUAAAAGGAAUGCAAAUGCCAAAUUCUGCUUUCCUCCUGUCCUCCGAGAAACCCUGAAUCCUACUGGAACAGAUGGAAGAAUACCCUUCUCCGUCUCCCUCUCUUUUUACCCAUCAGUGUUGGUUCACCCCUGGUUUGUUGGAGAAUGCCAGACUCACUGGCCGUUUGUCUGUGCAGAGCGACCAGCUAUGAGAUGUUUGAGAUUGCUUGCUGGGAACGCCCAAGGAGGCCCUGCCACUUAGAAAACACCAGUGCUGUGGAUGGUCCCAGUGCUCCUUAUAAGGAAAUCUUAAGCAUUUUCUUCCAUGAGUAAAACUGGACCUAAUCCUCAAAGAAAGGGGUGCUUUCUCCGGGCCCUUCCCAGGGUACCAGGCCCCCCAGCCAGCUGUUGGCCCCACCCUUGUUGCCUGUGUCCAGAUCUGCAGUGCCCUGUUCUUUUCCCUCUCUGUCUACCUCAUCAUCCCUCUUCCCCCUUUUCGAAGUAUUACAAGUAUUAAGAAAGUUUGUGGUUAUAAACUAUAAGUUCCAUAU